AUGGCGAGCAAAGGACCCACAACUUCUGCGUCAACAAAGAACUCCAGUACUGGAGGGACCAGUGGCAGUAGUAGCAGUAAUGGUGCUGGGGACAAUGCUAAUCAGGACAACACUUUUGAAUGCAACAUCUGUUUAGACACUGCCAAGGAUGCAGUUAUCAGCUUGUGUGGACAUCUCUUCUGUUGGCCUUGUUUACACCAGGGGUUCCAGGGCUUUGGGUUUGGCGAUGGUGGCUUCCAGAUGUCAUUUGGAAUUGGGGCGUUUCCCUUUGGUAUAUUUGCAACAGCAUUCAACAUAAACGACGGGCGACCUCCUCCAGCUGUUCCAGGGACUCCUCAAUAUGUGGAUGAGCAGUUCCUGUCCCGCCUCUUCCUGUUUGUGGCUCUGGUGAUAAUGUUCUGGCUGUUGCUUGCAUAAAUCUUUUCCAUUAUCCUGUAUCUUCAUGGCCAACAAGGCCACUGAAACAGUUACGAACUGCAUCCCCAUCCCAUUUUAAACCUCUUGGUGUCUGGUUCCGUAGCUAACUAUGGGCUUCAGGAAUUGGUGGUACCACAGCACAAUGAGGAAUCUUGCAUUUUGCACCAGAGUUGGAAUUAAACAUUCGUUAAAAAGCCUGUUUCAGCUGAGCUAUCUUGUACAACAGGUUUCUGCCACAAACCAUGGGCCUAGCUUUGAGCUCUGCUCCUAAAAGGAGUGCCGCUUUGAAAUCCUGUGCCAAUCAGUGACACCAGGUUUAUGUGAAAGACAGCUGCCCCAAGGCAGACUGGGCAGGUAAGGAAACUUCUGCAGUGUGAUCAGUAUCUCAUGCUUGGCAACCACGAUGGAUCUGCCAGAGCUGCGGAUGUUAUUUAAUGUCUUCACAUCAACAUCCAGCCUUCUUCAGGAAAUCAUGUGCAGCACUGCUGAGACUCUUCGGGCACAGCAUGUGAUGCAAAUGGAACCAGGUUUGGGGACUGUUUUCUUUUCUUGCUGUUAUUUCCUGGCACGAUGGAAAACCCCUCCUGAAGCGGUUCUAACAGCUAUU